GACACAUUUGAAUGACGGACCGUUAGAAGUCCGGGAACUCACGUGUACAGCAUGAGAAACCAAAAACAUAACAAUGCCGCGUUAAAAAAGGCCAAAUUCAAGCCUGGUUCGAAGAAAAGAGAAAACAAAUGCGUCGUGAUGUUUGACGACAAAGACAGACAGGACUAUCUGACUGGUUUCCAUAAGCGAAAGCUAGAAAGGAGGAAAGCAGCGGUGGUAGAAUUAAAAAAGAAAAUAAAGGAAGAGCAGAACAGGGUCAGAGAAGAACGCCAUAAGGAAUAUGUGAAGAUGCUGAAGGAGAGGGAAGAAGCUCUUGCCGAUGCCGAAGAUGAGCUUGAAGAUGCAGUAAUCAGCACCACAGAGUCCGUUCAAUACGAUCACCCAAACCACACCGUUACCGUGACAACCAUUUGUGAUCUAGACCUCUCAGGACCUCACUUGCUCGGCCCAGCUGCAAGUGAUUCUGGUGGAGAGAAUGAGGACAAAGAUAAGGAGGAGCAAGUAAAAAGGCAUGCGAUGCCAAAAAAGCCAAGGGAUAUGAUCAUGAACAAAAAGAUCCGCUCCCUUACGACAGCGCUCAGCACAUGCACCAGCAAGCGGAAGAGGAAAGGGAAGCAGGAAGGUCGAGACAGACGAGGACGUCGGACAGACAAAAGACCUGGUGUCACAGAGGGUGUACACAGAGGUGGGAGGACCAGCAAGAAGCAGAGACGUAGACAGACGGGGAAGAAGAUGCAUCAUCUAGACUAAAAUAGUGUGUGUACAAAGCUAACGUAGGCUUCGUCCUCUGAAAUAAUGUGACAUUUUAUGUCAAAAUCGGCUUGUGAUUCUGUGUUUAAGCAGGAUGAUGAUGUUGAGCCCAUUUUCUAUUUUGAAGUUCUGUUUUUUUUAUAAUACACACAUCUUACUGUAUAUGUUUACAGUUUGAGUAAAGUAAAUAUGUCAUAUGUCAAAUAAAGUCUGUUCUGCCUGGGA